AUGUCCCUGUCCGAGACCUGGUCGUUCCCUGCCUCGACAGCCAUCACGUUCGACCCCGUUGCCUUUGCGGGGGCCGAAGAACAACAGCCCUGCCAUCCGGCUUUUCCCUCUUUCGUGACGACGCCGUCGGCUCUGCCACCGCCGCCGCAGUCCAUCCUCACGCCGCCCUCCAGCGCAAAGUCGCCCUCACCCAGUCCGCAGAUGACGCGCAAGCGCAAGAUGCCUCCCUCGGCCUCGUCCCUUCCUAACCCCAAAGACCUCAGCGAGGAGGACGACUGGACACGAGUCAAGGACCCCAAGGAGAAGAAGAGGAUUCAGAACAGAGUCGCUCAGAGAACUUAUCGCUCGGCGAGCUUCAAGCGCGACUUGAUACUCAUGAGCGACUUCAACUUCAGCAUUCUGCAACAUGUGCCCAUGGACCUCACGCCUGACGCCUCGUAUGGUUAUCCCCCCGGUUACGUUACUCCUGGAACUCGCGAUGGUACGAGCCAAGUCGAACAGACGCACGACAUCAAUGGCUUCGGCUCAGCACACGCCGGGAGCGUAGGCUUUGCCUACCAUAACCCCAUGCACGACACAUGGAAGACGGAGGGUGUGCAGUCUGAGAUGAAGGACGCCUCCCCUGUCACGGAUCCAAUGACCUAUCCAAGUCUCACCGGCGCCCUGCCCCUGCCUCAAGUACCCGCGCUGGCCACAAACCCCGACGCGACUGGCACAUUCCGCCCCGUUCCGCUACCGGUCAGUGAGAACGCCUCACUCGACGAACGGUUCUCUAGCAUCAUGAAACAAGUAGAGGCUGCCGGGUUCGAGAGCUUCGACGACCUCGUCACGGCCUACUACCGGGAGACAUUCACCGCGACCUCGUCGCUGGCCAACGAGCAGCGUCUCAGCCGCAACAGGAGGCUGCCCAAGGUCAUCUCGGAUGUGUUCCAGGCGACCAGGGACUGGACGACCUGGGAGCGCUACGGCUUCCACGAGGAGAUCCUCAAGACGGCAGAGGCAAUGCUGGUUGAGGAGAGGGCUGGUGCAGGCGGCAGUCUGCUUGCGCAUGUGAUGCCGCUGAUUGAGAGCGCGGAUGGGACGGUGCCCGCGAGCGCGGGAGAGACGCUGCUGGGGCUGAAGAAGGUGAUUCAACAUGAGCUUCCCAACUCGUGGGCCUUGGCCAUGUCCCUGACAGCCGACGGACGGUCGUCGUGGCAGCGGGAUAGGUCCAGCACGGCGCUGGCGACGAUCUUAUUAUUGCAGUUUUCUGGCCGCAUUCCGAAUGAGCAGUUACUGCAGCUCAUCGGCUCAUGCUUGUGA